AUGAAACAGGCGCAAACCCAACCUUCUUCGCAAAGUUUUACCCCACCACAAGCCGGGAGCAGCUGGAAUAUGGAUAGCCCCAAAGCCUCAAAAUUCAUAAUUACGGACAUGGGUUUUAGCAGUGAGCAUCUAGGUUUCAACAUGAGGUGCCAUAGAGAAGAUGGGCUGGAAGAUAAAACCAAAAACAACCUUGGAAUGCCAAAUUACGAUUUGCGGUCUGACACUCACCACGGUCAAGGUUCCGUCAUCAAGAAUUUUGCCAUCAUCGUACCUGGCGAUGUAUGGAUGAGAAUGAGAUUUUAUGUCCUCGUCCAAAAUCUCCAGGAUGCUCCAGGAUGUGAAACUCAAAAGCCACUCCACCAUUCCGCAGCAGUACCAGCAAGCAAAAGUCCCGUUGUUCUAUUCAAAUGGCUCUACUCUUCCGGAGGCACCGAUGCAACUUCUUCAAGUCCAGACUUCCACUGCGUAAGCGUGCCAAACGCACAGCUUAAAUCCAUCCACUACCAUCUCCGUCGAUCCUAA